UAUCACCAACUAACUGAAUGAAACAACAAGAAGAAGACAGUCACAUUUUCAAGAUGGCUGCCUCCAUCUCAGGAUUACUAAAACCUUGGACACCGAGAGUGCUCCUGGUGAGAUGGAGCAGAUACAACCCUUACUAUCUGGAGCCAGAGGUCAGGAAGGAGGCCUACAGCCGCCCGGAGAGCGAGCUGAGUGCCGAGGAGAAGGAGGAGCGGGAGCUGAAAAAGCUCCGACCCAUCAAAGCUGCUACCAAUUCAACGACGAGCUCCCUUUUCAACGACCCCGUCCUCAGUAAAUUCAUCAACAUGAUGAUGAAACACGGAGAGAAGACUUUGUCCAGAGAGAUUAUGAUGCAGACGCUGGAAAAUAUAAAGAGGAAGCAGGUGGAGAAAUACCACAAAGCUACAGAUGGGCAAAAGGGAGGGAUUGAAUGCAAUCCCUACGUCAUUUUUCACCAGGCCCUGGAGAACUGCAAGCCCGUCGUUGCGCUGGCCAGCAUUCAGAAAGGUGGAAAAUACUAUCAGGUGCCCAUCCCGGUUACGGGCAACCGCCAGCGCUUCCUGGCGAUGAAGUGGAUGAUCACCGAGUGCAGGGAAAACAAACACAGGCGCACGCACAUGUACGAAAAGCUCUCCCAGGAGCUGCUCGCCGCUUUCGCAAACGAGGGCAACGUCAUCAGGAAGAAGCACGAGCUGCACAAGAUGGCCGAGGCCAACAGAGCCUACGCUCACUACCGCUGGUGGUAGACGGAAAGCUGCGCUGGACUCUCAACAUGUGCGUUGAAGAUUGACCAACUCCUGUUGUAAAUAGUGAAUAUUUGUCGAGAUGGGACUGUGUCCAGGAGACCGGGGAACGACUCACCGAUGGGGUUUUGUAGGAAAGGAACCGAAUCGUGAGUCGAACCUCCGCUGAAUUGUUUGACAACCAAAUGCAACCGGAGUGAGAAAACAGUUCAAGAUUUAUUUAAAACAAAUACGUUUAAUAUGCAACACAACGAGUAGAAAAACAGAACAGAGAAAUGUAAAAGUAUUGCCACUUUGUAAGAAAAAUACCAAAAUAAACUGCUGUCAGGUUC